UUCCUUCACAGGUGCAUCAAGGUGUGGGAUGUGGCCAAUUUGGACGUGUACUGGAUCACGCUGAUCGACCGGCGGUCCGGCGUCGUCAUCAACCAGAUCCGCUCGGUGGAUCAGGAGUGGGGCGUCCGCUCGCUAAACUUCCUAGGCCAGAAGACCAUUUCCAUCGCGUUCUACGACAUGUGCGCGGACAAGUACCGACCGAUCGAUAAGCACUCGCAGCAGCCCUACCUCACCCUGGGUGAUGGCUGGAUCGCCAAGGACGAGAUGUAUCGGAACUACCUCGCCCAGAACCACAACCAGCCCGUUCCGAAUGCUGUGUACACUCACUGUUAUGAUCCCACCUUCACCCGGCUCUUCGUUGGUGCUCACCUGCGUGGACCAUCCAGUUGGGGCUGA